AUGAUGUCCCGGGAGCAUCAUCGCCGGCGGAGUCCUGAGAGCUCUCGCCGCCGGCGCAAAGAACGCCGCGACUCAAGAGAGCAACUCCAAAGCCACCCCAUUCCGGCUCCCAUCCCGCUCUAUGGAGACAUGUCCUCGCAAUCACACCAACAGCCAUUCCAGCCGCCGUAUCAACAAUCAUUCCAAGACUCUUACUCGGCACCGUAUCAGUCGCCAUACCAACAUGAACCCCCUCUAGCGCGCGAUCCUGACCGCGACCCUGACCGCGACCGCAACCGCGAUCGCACUCUCUCAACCUCCUACUCUUCUACCUCCUCUACCUCCUCCACCUCCUCGUCGCUCGUGAACAUCUCACAGCCCUCCAAGAAGUUCGGAAUUGGCUCGUUCUUCUCUACCAGUGCACGAAAACACCGCCGGCGUGUUAAAAAGAAACGCAGCAAAAUCCUGCGCUUUGGCAAUUCGUCGUCCUCAUCCGUCGGCUCGGACCUUGCCUAUGGCAGGGGCUAUAUCGAUCGGCGCGGGAGCCGCGAUUUCAGCCCCCCAACCGAGCAGCGGCCUUCAGGAAGAGAUAAUGACCCAGCGUGGCCCCGGCCUCCGAAGCGCGCACAGACCGACGAAGAGAUUAUUGAGCUGGGCCGAAAGUUUGCUGAGCUUGCGAGACAGCAGAAUGCUGAAGACCUUCGAGCUGCAGGACGAACGCGCCCGUCGACAUUUGCUAGUGCCGCUACCGCGCUUAAUCAGUUUCGCCGAACCAAUAGCGGGAAAUCUAACAAGGGAAUAGGGAACUCUAAACCGCACCAAGACUCCUCCUCAGAUGACUCGGAUUGGGAGUCCGCUUCAUCAGACGAUGAGUCAAGCGAGGGUGAUAGCGACAACGGUCUAGCGUACGGCUCAACCCACCACUUGUCUAGUGUUUCGGGGAGGCCAUCCCACUUAGGCUCAUCUCAUCGACCUACGCAAACGUAUUCCCAAGGCAUUCCAUUAAAUCGUAAACCUUCGCUCGUUGAUCCCAAGCUAUUUGGACCAGUUAAUUCCCUCCGGGGGUUUGUCCAGACACCUUGUGGCUUCGACCGCGUGGAUCGCAAUACAGUUGAGGAUACACGUCCGCACUAUGAAUCAUCGAUCGCACCGGGUGAAAGUGUUGGGUCGGCUGAAAGCCGUCCCAUGCAAUAUGUCUAUCCUAUUCCGACUUCUGACCCAUCUCAUUUUGACGCAGGACGCGGAUCUGUUGUUUCUGCGCAACAAAUGCCCUCUCGCUCUAGGCCUGCCCCCGUGCCAAUUCAGCAACCAAAACCGAUAGCUCCAGUUUACAGUAAAGUCUUCGACUCUGUUGAAACAGACCCAAAGUACUCAAGUAGGUCGUCAGCCAGGGCUGCGGCAUCAACCGGCGGAAUUGGGGUUCCCGCCGCUACGAUUAAGGCCCCUUUGAGCUCGGAUGCAGCCAUAGGCGCGUUGCUGAGGGCCGCUCGAAAGGCCGAUGAGGAUGAAAUCCAAAAACCUCGUUCGGAUGAUUUACAAUUGAGGCUUAAACGCGGCGGUGAUAAAGGGCUUCAAGAAGAAUAUAAGAAACACGAUGAUCGUGAAGUUCUGCCUGGUAUAGCUCCUGAAAAAUUGUAUGGACAAGACCUUGAAGCUACCCAUAACGGCAAGAAAGACAGGCGCUACCGAGAGCAAAAGCAGUUUGACCCUGAACAGGAUUUCAAAAGGGAGGACCGCCGUCUUGAUAACGGUGAUCCGACAAGUGACCAGGUGGCAAGUCAAAGAGGGACGCGCAAGGAAAAGUCCCGCGAGUAUCAGAGUGGUGUAUAUGCACCGAAAACUGAUGUCUCAGUACCUUCACAAGAUCCUGGCAUUCAGCGACCGAAGGAUGCGAUCGACCCAUUUCAAUAUCAGGUUGCAGAUGACGCUUUCCCAACACCACGUCAUGGCACGCCGACAAGACCGUUGACACCCGUGAUUAUGACCGUGGAACGUGAGCCCGACUUCUCUAAGUUUGAUAAUUAUGACCCGUAUGAGCGAUUAAGUCGCAAAGACUCUUUCGAACGCGAGCUUCAAGAUGCACAGAAUGCAUACAAAGCUGCGGAGCAGGCAACUGUUCCCACAAGUAAAGCCGCUUUUGCCGCUGCUGCCGCAGCCGAGAUAGCUACACGUCGGUUCAAGCGUUCCACUAAGAGGGACGUCGGUUCUCCGGGUCAUUCGCAGGAUUCAACCUCUUCGACUCGACCUAAGGACCCCGUGCUUGAUGAUGCUGACCGAGCUUACCGUGAAGCGAGAAUUGCGCGUAGGAUCCGAGAACAAGAAGAGAGGUCUCGAAGCAAUUCUCCCGACUCAGUGGUCGAUAAAUGGAAAGAGGACAGAUGUACCGCAACCCCGAGCCAAGUCGAGACACCUCCGGCAAUGGAUCACCCGAAGCAAAAGAGUCCUUUUGAUGGACCUAAUGCUGAUGUUCGAAUCGACAAUGUGUUGGAACAUCCUAGAGAUCUUGCUCGUUUCCGGGUCUCCGAGUCUCGGCGUCGGUCAUUAACGUUCCCCAUGUUCAGCGCAAGAGAUCCUUCUGCUGAACGUGAGCGCCCGAUGCUGAAUCUCGUACGACCAACUCCAGCGCCUUCACCGAUGCCCGAGAAGCAGCAACUACGGACUAUUGAAUUGCCGUCGUCCAUAACGGAAGCCGAAACUACUUCUUUGCCUUCUGCCAAAAGCGACGAGGUAGUUUCAGCUUCUUCGGUAGCACCCUCUAAAGCUGUGACAUGGGGCGAGAACGAGACAAAACAUUAUAUAGUUGAGAAUUCUGAGCAGGAAGACGAUUUGUACUCCGGCACAAAGAUUGCCACCCCUGCAGUCACCCCUAGAUCUCCAGCUGACAAGAAGGGCUGGGCUACUGUAGCUGCGGCUGCUUUUGGUGUUGGUACCGGGAUUGUUGCCUCGUCAGUUUCCAACUCUGCGGUAGACAUAGGUGCUAGUUCUGAUCGUACCGAAUCCGAACAUUCUCGCCAAUUAUCUAAGAGGAAUCCUUCAUCCAAGUUUGACGAUCUGUAUGAUGAACCGCCAAUCCCUGGGCCAAAACCAUCAAGCCCAAGAAUAGGUCAGGUGCCAGGGCGUUUUGCUGAGGACCCAGUGUUCAUGGCGAAUAUUGCGGCUGGACUUGAAGGCAGUGGGUUCGAUCCUAAUAUCAUCAUUGAUGAUGCGAGAUUUCACCGCCGCGAUUCCCCUCCAGGAUCGAAUGAACCACUUGCUCGACAUGUUGAGCUGGGUGAAGCUACUGAUCGAUUCAGCAAACCCACGGUGCCCCAACCUACGGAGUCCACGAAGUCUGAAGAUCAUGAAAGGGUCGUAGAUGAUUCUGCUGUAGCUCCACAGGAGCGGAGCGUAUCUGGCAAAGACAAGAAGAAGAAAAAGAAGGCUAAGAGAGCGUCUGUUGCUGAUGAGCCGGAACCAUCAACAACUAACACCCGGGAGCUAUCACAAGAAAGUUCAUAUAUGAUGAUAGAGCCUGAAGCAGACUCUAUGUUAGCUCUUGAAGCCCAGGAGAAAGGGGCCAAAGUGGACGCUGAUGACAUAGUACCCGAGCCUGUCAUAAGGGACAACGUUUUGGCAGACUGGGAUUCACAAAGAGAAGGGACCAGGAAGCCGAGUCGUGACUCCUCACCUUCUCGCCACGCCCCGCUCGACAGGGAUACUGUAGAGCGCUCCAAGAGUUUUGUUGAUUCUAGUAGUAGUCUACGGAAUGACAGCGCUGCAGCCGUUGAAGAAGAAUGGGUGGAUCUGCCCAAAAAGGAGAGAAAAAAGAAGAAGUCUAAGCGCGAUUCAACUACACGUGAACAAUCUUCUGUUUCUCGAUCCCUACCUCGUCCAGGAGAUUAUGUCGAGGGUCCCGAGCAGACAUUGUCGGAAGUUUCGUUUACUGACACGGCCUUGGGAUCAGCUCAUCCUAAAGCAGAUCUGGUGGAAGAGGGAGCCAAACGUAGGAGUGCACCUGGCGGGUUCCCUGAAUAUGAAGAUUUGUAUGUUCAAAGCCCACCCGAUAGAGAAAGAGAGUUGUCCGCAUUUACGGACAAACAAGUAAGCAAUAGCUCAGGCUUCUUUGGUCGCCUCAAGUCAUCCAUGGGAUUCAGCGAAGGGAAAGAUCAACCCCAGGUACAAAACAAGGAGGCAAAUUCUUUUUUAGAUAAUGCCGGCGCUCUUGGCACAAGUGCCGGCCUAACGGGCUCUGCGAUUGCCCUUGCGUAUCAAAAACUCACUGCAAAUGCCGCCCAUACUACGCCAGAGGCAGGUUUACAAGGAGAAGCAGAGGCAACUGAAAGGCGCCCCAACUCACCUGAUGAGACUGCACUCAUCGACCCCGAAAUCGUGGAGCGGGAAAUACGACCAGCCAUUGAUCCUACAUACGGUGAUUUGCUACCCUUGCCCCCGAGUAGAUCGAUCUCUCCGGUCCCUGACCUUGAUGAGGCGAUACCGCCCCUUCCAGAGAGUCGGCCUGGAACCCCUGAGGAUGAGCGAGAACGGCUUCUAUUAGCUCAGAAAUCUACUCAUAUCCGUCGUCGCAGCGAAACUCCACUCCGAGUGAAGACACCUAGCCAAAGUGCGAUUCCUCUUCAGUUUCGGCUAGCCCAAAGAACUACCCCGGCGUCUCCGGGCGUCCAGAAACCAUCUCCUUCAGCUUCCCCAAUCUCAGCGACACAGGAAACUGGUAGUGUUCCGAGGAGACCACGGCCUAUGUCUUGGGAAAGUACGAGGACGUUUAAGCCACUGCUCUUAGUAGAGAGAACAUCACGUGAGUCGGUCGUCACGCCGACUUCCCUUCAUGAAGAGAUAGAGCCAGGCGACAUUCAAGAUGAGCCUCAACAUGCAUCUUCGCCAACGAUUAGUCAUGCAGUAACUCCUCGUGAUGAUCUACAUGAUAGCAGUUUGGCACGAGAAGCAACGGCCAGAUCGCCGGAAUCACCUCAGUUACCUCCCCUGCAACCAGUAGAGAAGGCCGAGAGUCCCACCACAAUCCCUGAUCCUGUUGAUCCUGUAUCUAAGAAUCGGAGCUCCUAUCUUCUUUACUCGAGCCCACCAGGCCAUCAAAACUCCGAUAAUACUGAUGCACCCGAAGGCUCUCCCUCUUUAAGGGCUGCCAAACGACACAUGGCUCUCGGUGAAGUUAAAGAGGAUACUGUGGAUGACAUACCUGAGGAUUAUUUGUUAACGACGGCCGCAGAUGGUUUCGCUACAGAGGCAUUUGUUGAUGACGUUCUCGAAGAUGACGACAUCGAAUUUCUAGAAACACCGCCGGAAACUAAGAAUCGUAGUAUCUUAGAUUUGAUUCCUGUAGGAGUAUUCUCAGGACUUGGUAAGAGAGGAGCUACUACCGAAAUGGACACUCAACGUAAGGUGCCUAGUGAAGGUGUCCCUGUCGCUAUCAAGAAGGCUGAAGAGGGGAAGAGUGAGAAGGACGAUUUUCGUGAAAUCAAAUCACUGGCAAAAGCUUCAGCCGUCGAAGCAUCUGCGGAUCCAGAAGUACCCUUGAGCAGUAUUACCUUGGACUCUUCUGUCAAGAUGGGGGAAGAGGACGAUGCAAUUUCUUCGAUGAGGCUUUCCAAGAAAGGCAAGGAGAGGAGCCUAUCGCUUCCAGCGCAAGACGAGAAUACCACUGGGCCAUCACUCCCGGUGGAAGACACACAAGAUGAGUUUUUUGACGCUCCUACAGGACGGAUUGCAGAUGAGCUCCCAAUUGAAAAAGCCGAGUCUGAUAGCUUGAGUGGCUCUGUUGUGAUUCCUAACAAUGAAGUCGCUGAAAUAUCCGUCAAGGCACCUAAGGAACUGUCCCCCAAUUCUGCCACAGAAGCCGACGAAGCUGCUGUUGAAGCCCCUGCUCAAGAGACACUCGUCAAUAUUGCUAAAGAAAUCCCAGAGUUUUCGGUCGAACUCGGAUUCCAAGCACCUGCUGAAGCCUUGACUGAGGCCACACUUGAAACCCCUGUUAAAAGCCCAACUGAAGUUGAGUCCUCCACUCAAGCAGUCCACUCUGACGAACUGGCCAUCACUACGAAAAAGGGAAAGAAAAAGAAGAAGCGCAAGUCCCAGAUUCAAGAACUGGAAGCAGAAGAGAAGUCUUACUUGACCAUAUCUGAAGGUGAUGCUGUGGUCCCCGCAACCGGCGAAGACGCCAUAAUCGAAGGCUCUACUUCAACUCAUGAAGAAAUGGGCCCGGAAAUAGUAACGUCCCUAGCAACCCCAGAAACAACUAAGGACAAAACCGAAAAUAUAGCCUUUGCCCAGGAAGAAGCUACUGUUACUCCUAUUCUAGAUGCGACAACGCCAAACGAACAACGAUCCUUGGAUGUGGGCCAAGAUAAUUCAAACCCCGUGGAUAAGACUACAUCAGAGCAUAGCUUCGAGCACGUUCAAGUCUUGCCUAUCGAGGUUCAAGAUGUAUCGCACGAAACCAAAGAGGACUUUGCAGAUACACCUCCCUCAAAUGCCGCUGAAGAAGUGCCUGCUGCGACUUCGAUCAAAUCUAAGAAAAAGAAGAAGAAGAAGCAAUCCCAAACGUUUGCGCCGGAGCAGAACAUAUCUGCCGUGGUAGAUUCCCAGUCUCUCACCAACCUUGUAGGAGAAACUAAGCAGAGUGGAAAUGAGCUGCUCCCAUCAAAGCUUCCAGAGGAACCCGGUGCUGCGACUGAAGCAAUACCUCCAACUCCCACUAUGACGGUUGAUGCUGCUAGCCUACCAAUUGCUCCUACAGAGAUCAUCGAACCCUGCCCAAGUGCUACACCUGGUGAGCUUCACGAGCAGCCUGAUCCGACGUUGAAAGUCUCUCAACCGCCAAGUGACAUCAUGGGGCCUACAACAGGAGAGGAACCUAGUUCAGAAGAAAUAAAGUUCGAUAUCCAUGAAAUCGAAGGCGAGGCACGAAUACGAACUAGCGAACCGACUUUAAUGCCCUCAGAAGACCAGCGUGUGGACACUUCUCAUCCGCCGGAGCUGAGCAGCGCGCUUGAAGCGCAGCUGGAGGUCAACCCACUUCCCGUGGAAGAAGUAACCCAAACAGCGAAGUCUACUGAGCCAGAUGAACGUCCACUCGCCGAAACUGCCAAUGAAGAUUUGCAUGAUAUCUCACCCAAGUCACUUGAGGCAGCUGAGUCGUCAAAGGACCAACAGGAAGCUGCCGAUGACAGUCAGUUUUCGCCUUCAGAUCGAUUGACUGGCACUCAACCUUCUAAACCCCAGGACGAACCCGAAGAGCCAGGUGGUAAAAAGAAAAACAAAAAGAAUAAAAAGAAGAAACAGAGUGCCUUAGACUCAUCCGACCUUCAGGAAACGACUGAUACUCCACCUAAAGCUGAAGACGUGCAGGACCAGUCUAUGAAAGAUCAGUCGGCAGUGAGCCAAGUUCCUGAAACGCUUCAAGCACUGCAAGGUACAGACGUCGAUCCAAGUCAGGCAGAGGUUCCUUCUGGUGAUGUCUUGCCUGAAGCCGGUAAUUCAGCCUUGGAUUCAAAGGAGGUCACCGGCGAUGAAGAUAUUGCCAAACAGCUCGAUGCUAGCUCAACACAACAGCUAGAAGAACCAUCUAGACCUACAGAGGAAACAUCGGAAUUCCAUAGUGAAGGUGCUGUUGACUCAACGAAAUCUGCGAUGCCGUCUCAGCCGGAACCAACCGCAGGUGCCUCCUUCUCAGAGCCCGCCACGCCAACAAAGAAGGGCAAGAAAAAAGGGAAGAAGAAUCGGCAAAGUGCGGACCUGGGUGCUUUAGUAGAGACUCUAGGAUCAGAGUCCAGUCUGUUAGUUACUGCUGAUGGCGACUUACCAAUGGAAAAAGAGACUGCUGAAGUUGACCCAGAAGUAGAGGUUUUGAACAAGGAGAAACCAGAGAAUGACAAGAGGCGGGAUCCCACUCAGUUCGACCUAGACAAUAGCAGCGAGACCAUGCCGGAGACAACGGAUACUUCUAGUGCACAGCAAGAUACAAUCACUAUACCGCAACCUGAAGAAGUAUCACAUAUUGCGGUUGAACCAAUAGUCGACAAUGCUCGCCCUACUUCCCCAGAAGUGGUGAAUGCUACAGGAGAUGUGUCGCUGUCGCCGAAAAAAUCGAAGAAGAAAUCGAAGCGACCGAGUUUGGCUCUGGCGGAAGACGACGAUACAUCUGAUCUCCCUGGGCCAAUUCCGGAAUCUGUGUCUCAUUUCAAGGAAGCCUCUCAUAUACCGGAACAAGUUCAAGAUGAUGAUGCCGAUGUCAGUUCCACUUCGACAUAUCCCAAAAAAUCAAAGAAGGACAAGAAAAAGAAGCGCCAAAGUGUUCAGUUUGUAGAGCCGAUCGAGGAGUCACGGGAAACACCCAAAGAGGACACAAAUAUAUUUGCUAUGCCUGAAGUGACAGCCGAGCUGAAAGAAUUACCUUUGGACACUUCUAGUCAAGUAACAACUCCCGCGGAGUCAGCAACUUCCCCGGUGGAAGUAUCGCGCAACCUUGGUGAAGACGACAACGGUCAUCUAUUUCAGGAAUCAACUGAAAUACCGUCUCUAGGCCUUGACUCGUCUUUUGUCCCAUUACCAGCUGAUGGAGAUGCUGGUACGGACCUGCUUCACGAUGUGUCCACUCACUCCACCCCCCAAAUUGUUCAGCUCGAGGAGAAUCAGAUGUCAGAACAACAAGAACACGAAGAAGCAGGGAGUGCAGGCCGGGGUCUCGAAUCAGAGGAACAAAAGCAUAUUGAUGCUUCGGUGCCUAUUGAAUCUCAAAGGGAAGGUGACACCCACAAAUCCAUCGAAGCCCAGGUUGAGAUGAUGCAGCCAGAUACUAUAUCUAAUGUCCCAGUUGAAACGGAUAGCCUAAUGGUUGCAGAGGACAAACCCCCAGCCGAGGCCAUGCCAGUAGUUGAGGAAUCUGUUUCAGCCACCACCAACAAUGAAGGUUCUGUAGUGUCCAAGAAAAGUAAAAAAGAGAAGAAGAAGCGCAAAGGAAAGUCACAGGAGAAUCAAGAGUCUAUCUCUGAUGCUACACCCAAGGCAGAGAACCAGAAAACCCCCGAAGUUCCUUCAGCAAAUACAACUGAGACUGAGCAAGGUGAGCCAGCAGAAUCUAAAGAUCAGGCCCUUGCCGGCGAAACAGUUGUUGACGAACCACGCCCUGAAGAGAGAAUAGUCGGUGCACCAAUUAUCGAAGAACCAGUCAAUGAACCAGCGGGCAUUGAUGAGCCCGCAACUGAAGAGCUCAUUGUCAGAGAGACACUCAGUGAAGAACCAAUUAGUGACAAAACGGACAGUGACAAAUCAAUUGUCAAGGAGCCUAUCCUUGAAGGAACGAUUGUCGACCGCUCAUCUGUUCAAGCACCAGUCGUUGGGGAAUCUAUCGAUGACAAGUUAGCUAUGGAAUCAACGGUGGACGAGACCGCCCCUGAUCUUGCAACGAAGAAAAGCAAAAAGAGUAAGAAAAAGGCCAAGAAGAAUAGCAAGAUCAUGGAAGAUGAACCAACUCGAAUCUCCGAUUUGACCCUGAGUUCUGUUGUCGAUGAUGGGGCGACGAGUCGAGAGUACACAAUAGACCCGCCCCAAUCUGCUGCACAGGAAGGAACUGAGGAUCUCCCGAAGUCACCCAAUAAGUCGAUUCUGCCCAUGGGUGACCAGGAAGUGCCAUUAGAAGCGUCUUCCAUCACUUUACCCUCUGCACUGACCGAUCAGAGUCAAUCAGGCCAAGAUAAUCAAACUGAGAACACGGGGAUGCCUUGGGUGGACGAAACAACUCUCACAGAACCCGUCGCAAGUAAUAUCAACGCUGUUGAGCCAUCAGUAUUAACCGUUCCAGAACCAGCGCAGCUUUUAGAUGCGCUGGUUACCGAGGCACAGUCUGAGCCCAUCGUCCCUGGCAAGUCCAAGAAAGAUAAGAAAAAGAAGAAACGAGAUAGCCAGCUUUCGGAAAACGAAAAUACCGAGCCCGUGGUUGAUGUUGUAAACCCCACUGGGAUAAUUGAGCAGACGACAGCCGCGUUGUUGCCAGGCACCCCAGAAAAUACUGUAUUGGCUGAUUGCUCCGAACCACAAAUCCAGAAAGUAGAUUCUCCUCUUGAACACGAACCAGUCUCUGUGGUACCAACCAUAUCAAUCGAGCCUGAAAGUUCUACUAACCCGUUGAUGCCUGUGGAGCAGUCUUCGGAGCAGCCACCUACCGAUGGCAGAGUAAUUUCGGAGGUUACUGAGAAGUCUUUGGCUGUGGAGACUGAGGGAGACAAAACAGAACAGGGGAAUCCGCCUGGUGAAGAACCGUUUUCCCAGAAGCCGGGGGAACAAGCUGUAGAUGAACACGUCGCAGUCCAACUAAGUGAAGGGAGUAGUUCAACCGUAUUACCACCGCCCGCAGAGUCGAAUGGUGAUGAUACGGGUAAGUCAGCCUCCGACAAAAAGACCAAAAAAGACAAGAAAGACAAGAAAAAGAAGAAAAAGAAGCAGGACACACCAGCCGACGAGGAGGCUCGUUUGGCAUCUACUGAACCUACACAACCCGCUUCUGAUCUUCAAGAACAGAAUGACAUCAAUCUUUCCACGGAGCCUGGCAUUACCAUCACUACUGACGUACCACUCAAGUCUCACGACAACCUAGUCGAGGUGACUAAUCUCGAUGAUAUGUCUAGCCAUACUACAGCUGAACCGAGUAACGAAGAGAAGCAGAGAGAGAAGCAAACUAGUUUGGCGAACGUCGAGAUUUCUUCAGAGCCACAGCCAGCACCUAUACAAAGCGUCUCUGCCGACCAAGAGGAAACUCACUUUGACUUCCCACAAAGGCUCGAAAAGCCACUCGCCGAGGAACUUCCCAAGAUAGAAGAUACUCAAAACAUUCAGUCUCCCCUAACCGAGACCAAGGAAGAGAAAAACGCCACCGAUGAGGGAGAAGAGAUGCCACGUGAAGAAGAAAAAGAACUUGCAGAUCCUAAGCCGGAUGAGACGGAACAACCUGACAUUUCGAAUGCCAUCCCUUUUGAGGCCGCUGAAAACUCUAUCACAGUUGCGGGUGACUCUAAACAUUUAGUUGCCACGCACAGUGAAACUAUCCCAGAAGCCAGCUUCAUCUCCAAGGAUGACGACGCCUCAAAAGCCGAAAAUGCCACUGUCGAUGACGAUGUAUCCCAAGACAACAGUGCCCCUGGGACUGGGGAUAGCCUUCAUGAUGCAGGUGCUACUCAAAGCGAUGUCGUUGCUCAAGCACAGAGUGGUCGUCAGGAUGAGGGCGCCAGUCAAGGCCAGCCUCUUGAGAGUGAGCAUACUAUUAAGGAAGAGACUACGCUUGACCCUGAAUCUCUCACUCAUAACCAGCCUUUGGAUGACCCACCCCCAACGAAGAAAGGCAAGAAGAACAAGAAGAAGAAGAAGCAGUCUGUUUCCCAGAUUGAGGAGCUCUCCGAGGACAUUCGAGCUAAGGAUGCUUCUUCGUCAGUAACUACCGAUGUUGUUGAACCCGCUGAGGAUAAGACACCACUGUCAGCAUCUGCACCUCAUAAUGAGGUCGACCCGAUAGAACCUGGACCAGAAAUGACGGAUAUCUCUAGAGAUGACGGAGUCUCUGCGGACCAACUGGCUGAUGACUUAGCUGCGAGGGCGGAUGCUCUUCUGACUGAGCCUUUGGCUUCCGAGUCUUCGAAUGAGAUUGGCCUCACUGAUCCUGCUCCAAUAGAGAAUGAUGAGAAGGGCACUUCCAGUAACGAGCUUUCCGAGGAAGGGCUAGCCGGAGAGUCAGCUGCUGGUACAAUUGAUGCUUCAGUGAACGAUCCGCUAAUUCCUAAGUCUUCGAACGAGGAUAGCCCUAUCCUGCCUACUACGAAGAAUAGCAGAAAGGACAAGAAAAAGAAAAAGCAAGCUACAUCGCAGGAAGAUGAAUCAGCUCAGCAGGCACCACCUGCAGAAGCUUCACCUAAAAUACAAGAGCCGACAGUACAGCUAGAGCUACCACAGGAAGAUAUAUCGCAAGGAUCCUCGCCAAACGAUGACAUAUCCAAGGAAGUGCAGCCCGAGAACGAACAAGUCCAAAUGGAGGUGUCUCACACUAUUGAGGAUACACUUAGCCCAGAAGAGUCAAAAGAGACCGAACUUCCGACCGAGGUAAAGCGCACGUCCUCUUCAGAACCUGCCACUGUUAUCGAACUAGAGGCACAGACAAGAGAUGAAACAAUCAAAAGUGAUAACCCUCCAAAUGACGAAGUCUUAGACCCCAGCCCUCCCAAGAAGAGCAAAAAGGACAGAAAGAAAAAGAAGAAAACCAGUUCCUUGGAUCCUGAGGCCCCGCUACGGGCGGAGUCAUCACAACCUGAAGGCGACCAAGCACCUGAAGUUGCAGAGUCUGUUCUUCAAGCCAAAUCAUUACAGGAAGCUGAAGCCCCUCCAGGCGCUGGCCCUCACAAUGUCCAGGAUGGCGACCUAGUCCAUUUGACUCCAGCUGAGAAGAGCAAGGGCGAGAAAGAACAGCCACCACUAGAAGCACAAUCAACUCAAGACACUGUUGAACGCUCAGCUGAAUUUGCUCUCAUUGACCACCCUGGCGCAAGUCAACCCAUUGAAGCCUCUCUCCCUAAUGUAUCGGGGAUGGCAGAAGUUAUGGAGCCCUCGGCUACUGAAGAUGUCCAGCUGCAAUCAAGUCAAGACCCCGAGGUAUCACAAACGUCAUUAGCUGAAGCCUCGCAAAAUGACGGACUAUUUGGAACUACGCCUAGUGUAAAGAGCAAGAAAAGUAAGAAAAAGAAACGCGCCAACACUAUAGAAGCUGAGCCCGAGCCCAAAGUAGAUUCAAAAGACGAGAUAGAAUCGAGCGCUUGGCCUACUGAGACUCUUGAGUUGCCAGAGGGUCAGAAUGUUGUCCUAUCAAAAGAAGAGUCAAGUAUGCAAGCUACGGACGCCCAGGGCACUGUAUCCGAGACAAAUAAGGCUCUCCAUCAUGAAUCAAUAGCAAACUCAACCGUUGAUUUUGAUACUAGCGCUCAAGCGUUGGACACAGCUUCCAGGAAAGAGACAAGCUCUUUGAAGCCCGAGGAGGCGAGAGAGUUGACUACUGAGCUUAAGGCCAGUGAAGCUCCGACGGAAACUGUUGCCGGAAGUGCAACAGAAGCUACAUUUCCUAAAGAUCAACAGACUACAACCCAGGUUAUCGAGAACGAGCCACUUGAAGAGGUAGCGUUAGAUACAGCACCGGCAAUUGGUAAUCUCGACUCGCCACCAUUGCAGAGAACAGAGACUGUACAGCUAGAGGAAACAACCCCCGCGGUGAAUGAUGAAACGGAAACCGUACCGAGUAAGAAGUCGAAGAAGGAUAAGAAGAAGAAGAAGCGAGCCAGCCAGGUCAGCUGGGAACUAGGACCAGAGGCUGAGAUUGAGGAUCUACCGGAACAGCAGCAGUCAGAGCGGACUUUUGACGAACAGCCAACGACGACUGACAGUACGGACAUGCGUGACAGUGGCAAACCAGCGGAAGACCUGUUUUCCGAGUUAAAGUCAGAAAAGGUUUCUAAGAAUCAGCGUCUAAGCCAAAUGGAUUGGGAACUGGAACCAAACAGUGGAAUAGCAAUCGAAGAGCUAAAACCCUUGCCCUCCACAGAACAGGGACAACACGACGACAUGCUGCUUGAUCAUCAAUCUCUUGCCGGGGACACAGAAACGAGCUUAAAACACUCUAUCAACCUUGACGACACUUUCCUUGAAACCGCCUCUAGCAAAAAGUCGAAUAAGAAAAAGAAAGCCAGCCAACCAGAUGGUGAUACCGAAACUCCAACCCCCGUUACGUCAGCAUCAGCAACGGAUCAACUACUCGUCGAUAAAACCACAAGAGAUAAAGGUCUUGAGCUGAUUGACACUCUAUCGGCUGCAGCUGCAGAACCAGUGCAAUUUGAAGUGAGCGCAGACUUUCUUCCCCAUGAGAUUGACUCAGAGUCUAAAAUAGACAAGCACAAGGCGAAGAAGCAAUCGAUUGCAAAAACUCAUGAUCCUGAACCUGUUGCCAAAGAAGACCCUGGAGACCUUGGAGAAAGCACAAAAACUAGCGAUGAUAUCGAUGCUUCUGAGCACCCAUUUCCAGUCCAAGAUAUCCCUGAUGCUUUUCAACCGCCUAGUGUUCCCUCUGAGCAAGACUCAGCCAAAGAGAAAUCUCGUGAUCUCUUUGCUGACGAAAUGCAGCCACCAGUCAGCCAACCUCACGACGACGAUUUAAGCCAGAGCCUGCCUGUAAUGACUAAUAUUACUGAAGAUGGGUCAACCAAUACAGAUACAAUCCCUCCGCAUGACAAGUCAUCUGACACGCAGAAUGCAAUGAUACCCCCCAGCUUGCUAGAAGGGGACUUCAAAGAGAUAGCUAGAAUGAGCCAAGCUGACGAAGUGGCUGAUAGAAGCGGCAGUUCUCAGGACAUACCCCAAGGGAUUCCCGAGCCUCCGAUCAAGACAUCUAGAAAAGAGAAAAGAAAGGCAAAGAACGCCCAAGCACUAGGCGUCUCUGCCGCGGUCUCUAGUGUAAACCCUGGGGUCAACUUUCAAUCGUGGGAUUGGUCUAACAUUGACAAUAAGACACAGCCCGAGACUCGUGUUCCCGAAACAGUCUCAGCUCAGGGAGAUCUUCCCCAGACAGAAUCUCAAGCAAUUAUGCAGCCAAGUCACGAGACUGAAGUACCAACCCAGCAGGGGCAGGAACGAGAACCAAAUUUAGAUUAUCUUGGUAGCACUCAGCCAGCAACAGGUGAACCUAAACCUGAAAUUGAAUCUCAACCCAAGCCCGAGUUCCAAGUUGAACCUGAAACCCCCCCUAUCUCUCGAAAGAAGCUAAAAAGGGACAAAAAGAAGAAAGAAAUCAGUCAAUCAGAGUCAAACCAAUCCUCCGAGUCGCGAACUUCGCGAGCACAAGAAUCUGUAGAUGGUAGCGAGUCACACGCCGUAGUUCUCGAGUCAUCAUCUCGAGAUACCGAAGUUAUGGAUCCGCAGGACGAUGGUAGGGCCUCGUCCGGUAAAAAGAAGAGCAAGAAGGAUAAGAAACGUGGCAAAUCACUCGUGGAAGACACUCUUUCAGAAUCACAGACUAUAAUCGAUGGGCCUCAAAACGUGGCACCCCCCCAGCAGCCGAGUGUCAAUGAAUCUCUACACGAAGAAGGCGAAAAUCUUAAAACGCAAAAUUCCUCCACAACCCAAGUACCCAUCCAACCACAGGACCAGCCUGUUAUCACCAGCGAUGAAGCGGUGGAAAUGUCACGGAACGUAAUAGAUGCUCUCGAGGCCAGUGCAUCAGCGGGUUUCGAGCAGCGACCGCGGACUCCUCCACCAGAUGACCAAGCCCGUAUUAUCGUAGAUAUGUCUCCGGCACAACUGAGUAGCCACAUCGAACAUGACCGUCCUUUCGAUCAAUCAACUCAGCCAGACAAAAAAAUACGUACUCGUCUUGUAGAAGAUGAUACAAUUCUGACGGAACCUCUUUCUGCCAUUAUGCCUGGACCGUUGGCUCCUAUCUCUGAAGUAUUGAAUACCCAGUCCAGAGGUGCAGUGGCUGGAGAUAUUCCUUCAGUACUGGAGGUACCUAUCGAACCUGAACCCAUGCAGGUCAAUGAUCCUCAAACGAGUUCUAAAGAGAAGGAAAUCGAAAAUCCGGUUUUGGUUCACAACGACAACAGAUCAGCGCUGGAAGAAUCCCCUAUAAAGAAGUCUGAUAGAAAAAAGAAGAGGAAGAAAGGCCAAGUUGACGAGGAUCAAAGCGCUGGCACAGCAAUUGGAGCUGGUGUUGAAGUUGGAGUCGUCGAACUGGCAGAGCAACUUGGUGAACCGAAGGAGGUAGUAGCGGAGAAAAGGUCAAAACAUGUUGAGGAGAGGAAACAAAAUGACGACCAGACAUCCGUGCACAAGACACCAGAAGAAUCUAGACUAGAUACUGAUCCUAGUGUCUCCAGGACUGAACCGAGUACUUGGGCAGAAGGACAGACUAGCGAAACGCCUCGAGAAGUAGUUAGCCCUGCAGAAGAUCGGAAAGUGGUUGAACUUACCAAUCUGGAAUAUCCUGAUAUAGUCGGUACCAUUGUUGAGAACACAACAAGCCCCGGCGAAGUCGUAUCUGAGCUUUCAAAGCCGUCUACUGUGGAUGACGCUGGUACACAGAAAAAACACACCAGCGUAGUCGAUGCCCAAGACAAUUUGGACCGGAAUACAUCAGAACAGAUGAAAACCUAUCAUCAAUCACCCCUACAUGCUGAGGCGAGGGAUGCACGCGAAGAAUCUACCCUACCUCUACAACCCCCACCACGAACGCCUAGUGCAUUAGACUACCCUCGAAGCUUACCGCCUGUCGAAGAGGAGACUCGUGAGGACCUUGAAAAGGAGUUACGAUUGGGGGUUGAAAACAAAAUCCAUACAGAGCUAGAAGCAAACAGGGAUAGCGGGUUCAUUACCAGCUCUCCAAAUCCUCAACGACAUAGUCUUGAUCUUGAUGAUGCAGGCCAACGCGACAGUGGCGUUCACAUGCGUGACUGGACAGCAGCGACUCCAUCGAACCCUGGUGUGAAAACAGUGGGCUCUGAGGAGAGCAACACCCGAAUAGCGCCGGAUGUCAUUGAUAAAGACAACAACAGCUCACAAACACCGCAACCGCAUGAGCGACGUUCACGACGAUCCCUAUUUGACAACGAAACGCCAAAGCUGGACACACCUACACAAGGCAGAGGAUGGGAGCGAGGCAACACACCAGAGAAGCCAGCUGAAGACGAGCCGCUGAAGCGGACGACGACGACACCGUCAACAUUACGAGCAGCGAAAUACCAAGAGCUCACAUCCUCCAGAGACGCCAGCGCGGCUCUGCAAGGACACACACCGCAGCACCAAACACCAAGAAGCGUUUCGGACAACACCAGCAUGCACGAUGUCAAGCGACAAUCGACACCGCUGAUGGAAAGCGCGGCUCGACGAUCGACGUCGAACACGGGCAUCUCACGGCUUCGGACACCAGAGCUGGCCAAGUUUCGGACUGAGAGCCCUAGCAGCCACAGCGUGCACAGCGUCCGGAGCAUCCGCAGCCUGCGGUCAUCGGGCGCCAACACACCCCCCCUUCUGCGACGGGUGGAUCGGCGAAUGAGCGGUGACCUGCGAUCCCUGAGCCACAGCUCCCCCACUCCCAGCCUCCACAGCUCCACCUCGGCCAGGAACAAAGACACCGACAGAGACACCGCCAAAGAUGCUGCUGCUUCCUCUGACCGCCACGCUCUCCCAAGCACCAUCACCCCCAUUGCCAACGAAGGCCGUGUCCGCGCUAAGGACAUGACCGACGUCUAUGAUGGCUAUGGCGAGGGCCGCAUCGGAUCCCCGCGGUCACCCACCCGACCCCCCAGCAUGCGUCGUCGACAGAGCAUGCAAGUCCUCGAGCUUGAGGCCAGAGUCGAGCAACUUCUCGCCGAAAAUCGUGCCCUUGCUGAUGCCCGGACCCAGGCCGAGCAGAGUCUGAGCUAUCGCAACACGUCGGCCAUUACCGAUCGUGACGCCGAGAUCGAAAGCCUCAAAGCCUCGCUGCAAUGGCUGCAAAAUGAGGUCACCCGACUGACCGAGGUCAACGAGGGUCUGCAGAGCGCCAACAGCCUCCUCGCCCUGCAGCACAAUGAAAAGUAUACCCGGCUUGAAUCACAACACACCACGGCCACUCGAGAAUUGGAGGAACAUCGCGGUGCCAAGGACCAAUUCACCCAGACUAUACAAGCCAAAGAUGCCGAGAUCCAAGAGCUCCGCAAUCAGCUAGAAGCCACCAAGGAGCAGAUUCGGGAAAUGAAGCAGCAGAUCCUUGCAACCAAGCCUCCUGAUGCUGACUUCCUUCGCCUCAAGGAUGAGGAUCACUUCGAUCACCGGUGCCAGCAGUUAUGUUCGCAUGUGCAACAAUGGGUCCUCCGCUUCUCCAAGUUCUCUGACAUGCGGGCUUGCCGACUUACGAGCGAGAUCAAUGACGAGAAGAUCAUCGACAGAUUGGACAAUACAAUAUUAGACGGUUCAGAUGUCGAUGACUAUCUGAGCGAUCGGGUCGCCCGCCGCGAUAUUUUCAUGUCCAUGACUAUGAACAUGAUUUGGGAGUUUGUCUUCACCCGUUACCUUUUUGGUAUGGAUCGAGAACAGAGACAGAAACUCAAGUCACUCGAGAAAAUUCUGACCGACGUUGGGCCAACCCAUGCUGUCCGCCAAUGGCGCGCCAUCACCCUAACACUCCUCUCCAGGCGCCCUGCCUUCGGCGACCAGCGCAAUCAAGAUACCGAAGCAGUGGUGCAAGCCAUUCUUCAAACACUCUCCAUGAUUCUACCACCGCCAUCCAACUUGGAAUCUCAGAUUCAAUCCCAACUACGCCGCGUUAUGCGCGAAGCUGUCGACCUAUCAAUCGAAAUGCGCACACAACGAGCAGAAUUCAUGAUGCUCCCACCACUACAACCGGAGUAUGACGCCAACGGCGAACUCACGCAGACAGUAACAUUCAAUGCAGCGCUUAUGCACGAGCGAUCAGGUGAUUCGUCCACCACAGACGAGGCGUACGAGGCCCAGGGCGCCGUUGUCCGCUGCGUACUCUUCCCUCUUGUCGUCAAGAAGGGCGAUGAUAAUGGCAUUGGGGACGAUGAGAUUGUCGUUUCUCCUGCCCAAGUGCUUGUGGCCAAGCCGCGACGUUCUGCAAUCAGAAUGGUGACUCCAUCGUCCGACGCGGGCGGUGCUUCUCUAUUGAAUUACGGGGCACCUUCAAACAUAUCAGCAACUAUGCCUGAUGCCCCUUUGACCCCAGAGUAUACCUAGUGAGGUUAUUAUGGACCUGACAAAACAAGGCAGAAAACUACAGAGUGAAUAAUUGGAGCAUCACGAUGUGGAUGUUUCCUUGGAGGAAAAAAAAAAACUUUCGACUUCAUACUUUUUUUUUCUAAUCUUGAUGGCCGGCGUAUUGAUGGCGUAUUGGGCUUGGAAUUUGAUUGAUUGAUACCUAGGCGGAGUUCAGGAAUGCCUUUUAUUCUCUGUCUAUGUUCACAUUUGUCCUUGCAUGUCAUGACUUGACUUGUUGGUUCUUGAGAGCAUCGGGAUUAUUAUGAGCUAUGACACCGACCAGUCCGGUCAUAUUUGUAAUUCAUUAGGCAAAAUAAAAAGAAACUUCUGGUUUCGGUUAUGAAACAUGAGGGAGUCCCUAGAGUAUGUGCUAUUUACGUAUUCAGAAGUGAUGAUCAGAAAGCAAUGACAGAAGGCGAAACCCAGACUUUAAUAACAACAACAACCCGAUGCGACCGAUCUAGUGUGGUAUAAGCCACCUAGGUUUUUGAUACUCCUAAGGUCAAAUCCCCCCACCUUUCCUCAAUACAGGGUCUUCGAACUUUAGAUUAGUCUUGACAGCGGUUUAUCAUUUUGGCCAUAUACAUUACACGGCAUCAUG